CCAACUCCGACUGACAACGCUCAAACACCCCUCCCUUCGAGAAGCAAGAAAACAACAAUCCUUUUACUAUGCCCUAAAUCGCCAUGACGCUUUUGAUAAACAUCUUGAUCUCCCUCCUCGCCCUCGCUGCGACCUCUGUCCUCCUCCCCACGAUCCCCUUGAGCUUUCUCCGCUUGGGCUUGCGCGGAGUGGGAUGGUUUAUUCGGAAGAGAACCAGAUCGCGCAAGGAGUAUAUUAUCUCACGGGUGCGAACUGAGGAGGAAGAGUUUCAAGCCAAGCGGGCUGAGAAGUUGUCACCGUCCACGACUCAGGCGGAAGAUGAGGACUGGGAGAAGGUCGAUACGUCUAGUGUAGGGACAGCUGGCAAUAAUCACAACAACGGGCAAGAGAAGAGAGAUGAGUCUUGGGAUGGUAUUAUUGGGUUCUUUCAUCCAUUCUGCAACGCAGGUGGCGGGGGAGAACGUGUUCUCUGGGAAGCCCUGAGAGCCACGCAGAAACGAUGGCCCAAGGCGAUUUGUGUGGUAUACACAGGAGACCAUGAAGUUACCAAGACGGCGCUAUUGGAGAGGGUCGAGAACCGGUUCAACAUCCAAUUGCACGCACCAACAGUGGUCCUGCUGUACCUUACAACACGCAGAUAUGUCGUGCCCAGCAUGUACCCCUACAUGACGCUCCUGGGCCAGUCACUGGGUUCAUUGGUUACUGCCUACGACGCAUUCAAUCUCCUUGUUCCGGACACGUUUAUCGACACCAUGGGCUACGCAUUCACGCUUGCAUUCAGCAAAAUGCUCUUCCCAUCCGUACCGACAGGCGCAUAUGUUCACUACCCCACCAUCUCAACCGACAUGCUUGGUUCAUUGGACGAUGAAACCGGUCUAAAGGGCGUCAACGCCGGCGCGGGAAAGGGGCUGCGGGGCCAGCUCAAGCGGAGGUACUGGCUUGCAUUUGCGCGUCUGUACGGCUGGGUCGGAGGCCAUGUGGACGUAGUCAUGUGCAACUCCUCAUGGACAGCAGCGCACAUCCGCACAAUCUGGGGUCCAUCACGCACCAGAAAGGCCCACUCCGAACCAACAGUCAUCUUCCCUCCAACGGCCGUCUCGGAAUUACAGUCUAGCAUCACCGUCAACGCGGACACAGAAUCCACCCGCGAACCCAUAAUCCUCUACAUCGCGCAAUUCCGUCCUGAAAAGAACCACCCCCUCGUCCUGCGCUCUUUCGCCCGCUUCCUCAACAACCUCAAAGAGAACAACCCCCACAACAUCCAACCCCGCCUCGUCCUAAUCGGCUCCGUCCGCCACUCUUCCCCCGACGAAACCCACAUCUACAACCUCCGCCUACUAACCCACGAGCUCCGCAUCCGCGACUCCACCACCUUCCUCUGCGACGCCCCCUGGCCCACCAUCCUCUCGCACUUGAGUACCGCCUCCAUCGGCGUAAACGCCAUGUGGAACGAGCACUUUGGCAUCUGUGUUGUCGAGUACCAGGCCGCUGGUCUGAUCAGCGUGGUGCACGACUCCGGUGGUCCAAGGGAGGAUAUCGUGAUUGAUCUAGGCGACGGAGCGACUGGAUUCCGGGCGACUACGGAAGAUGAAUUCGCGGCGGCAUUUGAGGCUGCGCUUGCACUUCCUCGAGAGGAGAAGGUCGCUAUGCGGGAGAGAGCACGGAGAUCGGCGGUUCGGUUUAGUGAGGAGAAAUUUGGAGGAAGGUGGAUUGGGGCUGUUGGGAAGUUGAUCGCGUGUGGUAACUAG